UGGGAAGUCUGUUUAGUUCAAAGGAUUUUUAUCUCCAGUGUUAUCUCCACCCCAACAGUAAAAACAGAUAAGAAAGACCUCUCUAAAAACCCAGGUCAAACGGGGGUCUGCAAUGAAAGAGAUUUGUGAUUGCACAGACUUUUGACUGUGUAAUGUUUCCUUUAUUUAUGUCAUGCGGAGCUGUAAUAAGUCAUCAAGUUAACAGUGCAGCUCCAGUUUGUGCUCCAGUCCUGAUUUUCAACACUGGUUAGCACAAGUCUAGACAUUAUAAAGAGAGAGAGGGAUCCAGGGUUUGAAGUCCCUGCUCCAUACUCCACCCCUGGUGUUCCUGCUUUCCAGGUCUUUGUCCCCGGAACUCGCACUCACUCCUGGGUGUCCACCAGGGUUUUUUUUUUUUCUCUGCUUGCAUCUGGAUCCCAGUACGACCAGCAUACAGUCCAGUGUCCUGUCCUACAGAAACCACGGCCUCCUCAAGUUUGGAAAGAAAGAAGGAAAGAAGAAAAAACACCUUCCCGGCAGGCAGCUUUCUAACGCCUCCUCUCCUCCUGUGGUUUCUCCUCUCGUCGAGGCUGAGAAGCAGCAGUGUGACUCUGAGAUUCUUGCCUGCAGUUAAGAAAAAAGUUUUAAAACUGUUCUUUUGUCGCUUCUUCGUGUUUUUUUCGAUUGAGGCUGGAACUCGACAUUUUUCCUAAAUAUCCGAGCUGUUAAACGGACGACGUUAGAGAAGUGUUUCGUUUUAUUUUUCGUUUUUUUUUUUUAACAUAUAUAUACAUAUAUUCUCUCCUUCCCUCGAAGUUGUUGCUGCUGUGAAUGAAGUAUCUGUUGAGCUGAAGAAAUCAGCGCGUCUCCAUGAGGAAACUCAGCGUGGGAGGCUGAAACUUUGUCCUAGCUCACACACACAGACACACACACACACAUACACAGACACCUGAGCGACUAUCACUUUUUGUACUCUUUGUGCUGGUUACUUUGUAGCUUUUGUAGUUUUGGACUGACAACAUGAAGACGCUGUUGGUGCUGUGUGUGGUUUGCACGCUGGCUGUGUUGUCUGUUUCGGGCACCGCGGAGCAAAAGUUGAAAAACUGCAACGAAGUCCGCGAUGCUUACAGCUCCAAAGGCUUCAACAUCAACGAUGUCCCCAACAAAGGAAUAAACGGAGCCCCCCUGAAAGUGUGUCCGCAGGGUUUCUCCUGCUGCACCGUGGAGAUGGAGGAGAAGCUGAGCCAGCAGAGCCACUCGGAGAUCAAAGCUCCCGUCUCCAAGCUUAGCACCAACCUACAAUCCAUCUUCAGACAGAGGCACGACCACUUUGACAAGUUUUUCCGUGAGCUUUUGAAAAAUGCAGAGGUCUCGCUGCACAACAUGUUCGUGCGAACAUACGGGAUGAUGUACGUGCAGAACGCAGAGCUGUUCAAGAACUUCUUCGAGGACCUGACGAGGUACUACGUGUCCGGCAGCGCCGCCGUCAACCUGGACUCCAUGCUGUCAGAGUUCUGGGCCGACCUCCUGGAGAGGAUGUUCCGGCUGGUCAACGUGCAGUACGAAUUCAGCGACGCCUACAUGGAGUGCGUCAGCCGGCACACGGAGCAGCUGCAGCCCUUCGGCGAUGUGCCUCGAAAGCUCCGCAUUCAGCUGACACGGGCGUUUGUCGCCGCACGGACCUUCGUGCGCGGCCUGGCGCUCAUGCCAGAGGUGGUCAAUAAAGUUUCUACGGUCAGCGCGUCUCCCAGCUGUGUGCGAGCGGCCAUGAAGAUGUUGUACUGUCCCUACUGCUCAGGCCAAGUGGCCCUGAAGCCCUGCCAGAAUUACUGUCUGAAUGUGAUGCGUGGGUGUCUGGCCAACCAGGCCGACUUAGACACAGAAUGGAACAACUUCCUCGAUGCCAUGCUUAGUCUAGCCGAGAGGCUGGAAGGUCCCUUUAAUUUUGAGUCUGUUACGGAUCCCAUCGAUGUGAAGAUUUCAGAGGCCAUCAUGAACAUGCAAGAGAACAGCAUGCAAGUUUCACAGAAAGUUUUCCAGGGAUGUGGGCAGCCUAAACCAAGCAUGAACUUCCGCUCCAGACGUUCUGUCAAAGAAACAGGCUUUACUGGCCGCUUCCGCCCCUACAGCCCUGAUGCCAGACCCACCACCGCCGCAGGGACCAGCUUAGAUAGACUGACAAUUGAUGUGAAGAAGAAGCUGAAACAAGCAAAGAAGUUCUGGUCCACACUGCCAGAGACGGUGUGUGCAGAUGAGAGGACUGCACCUGGGGACGACUGCUGGAAUGGAACAGCAAAGAGCAGGUACGAGUCAGUCGUCAUUGGCAAUGGACUGGCCAAUCAGGUGUCCAACCCUGACGUGGACGUGGAUAUAACAAAGCCAGACACUGUGAUUCGCAGUCAGAUCGCAGUUUUGAAGGAAAUGACAAGUUGGCUGAAAGCCGCGCACAGCGGCAACGACAUCUCUAUUGAUAACGAUGAGGACGGCAGCGGAGGUGAGGAGAGCGGCAGCGGUUGCGACUCUGCGUCCUGCGACACAGACCGGGACAUCUACUUCUCCACUCCACCGAACCCUGGCAAACCCAUGGUCAAUCCGGUGCAGAGUGGAGGUUCAUCAUCCGGAGCCAGGGCUGCCUCACAGGGAAGCAUGGCGCUGGCGCUCUGCUCGCUGGCCCUGGCCCUGCUCGCUCACCACUUGAGAUAAAACUGGCUGGGCAGGGAGAGGAAGAGAACGACCAGGAAUGACGGAGCGAAGGGGAAAACUGUCAGAGAGACUUUAAAAAGACUGCCUUCAGGACCUUGGACUGUCCGCCAUUGGGGGGAAGACUCUUCUUAAUAUUACAAUAACUUCACUUUUAAUUAUUUGUUUGUAUGUUUUUAAGGACAUCAGUGUACAGCAAUAUGAUUUUGCCACCUUUUUCCCCCUUUUUCCCCCCAGGUAAACCUUUACUCCUUAUGGCUCUUUUGGAGCUACAGUAUGGUUCUGGCUGCAGCAUUACAAACAUUAUAUAAUUGUCUUAUUUUGGCAAUUUAAUCUCAUAAUUCAAUUUUGUGCCUUCUUCAAUGAUUGCCAUACUAAUAUUGAGUGCCUGUGAUGGGACAUAUCUUCAUAUUUCUGAGGAUGUUCUUUCUUUUCAUCAGUCUAUUCUCGUUAUUCUGAGAUCAACAAAUAAUAUAGCAAGUAAAUCAGUGAUUGUUAUUAAUGUUAAUUCAUAGCAAUUAUGAAUGUGCAAAGUGUAAAUGUUUUUUAUACAUUUGCAUACAUCAGCCAGUCAGAAAUGAUGAAGCUAGCUACAGUAGUAUAGACUUGUUGAUCUCAGCGAAUGAACAGUGUGAGCUUUUUGUCUGUUUGCUUUGGAGAGAUGUUGAAAGUCCUCUCAGGGCUGCAGAACGCAGCUCAUCUCUCAGAAGUACAGUGAGAAGUUACAGCACAGGUAUUUGUGUUUGAGCUGGAGAUGGAAUCAUUCUUUAGAAGAGCUUUUGGGGCUCUCUGCGAGCCCAAACAUGCAUAGUGUAUGUCUGCUAUGAGCAUUAUCACAACCUAACUUUUAAUUGUUUCAUUAAUUUGUAAUUUAAUUGUUUCAGCUAAACAGUUCAAUAGUAUGGUCAUACCUCAUGCAUGCUCUCAUUGUCAAUGCAAUCUAGUGAUGAGUUGAAAGUGUCUGAUAGAGUUGAGAUGCGUGGCUGGCAUCCUGGUGAAAGGUAAUCACGCCUUGGAAGGAGAGGGACUCCCCUGGCGUUACCCCUGAAGAAGGCAAAGCUGACAAGUCCCGAAUGCCCUGUUUUUGUUUUUGUUUUUGUUUUUUUUUGUUUGUUUGUUUUUGUACUGUAAGCUCAGUUCAGCACAGAGGAUCUGACUCUGUACAGUCUUACAUUUGAAAAGAAAAGGUGGCGACAUGUACGUUCAGAGCGUUUCACAUUAAACUAGAGAAGAGGAACAAAAGACAGUGCUUUGAUCAAAUGAAAUCAAGAAAAGAUUAUUUUAAUACAGGGUUUUAUGUUGAAGAGGUGUUGUUAUUUUUAGCUAUUUUUGGUAUGAAGAUAUAUAUUAGGUACUACAGUGGAUUUUACUGCUAGUUUUAGGUGGUGGAAGAGGACAAUGUGCACAGAUAAUAGGGGCACUUUUGGUCAGUGUGCACAGUUUUGGGGGGCUCUUUUUUUUUUUUUUUUUUUUUUUGCCCACAUCCCCUGUCCCACAAUACACACUUGUACCUCUUAAAUGGCCUGUGUCAGUAUAAAUGGACUCAUCCUGAACCAUUUGAUCUACCUAUCCUCAUCCUCACAUUCACAUCAUUUCAACUUGAAUGUUGAAGUGUUGUUACAAGAGCUACCAAAAUGAAUGCAAUGUAUGGUGCCUGAUCUGAUCUUUUUUUUUUUUUUUUUUUUUUUUUUUUAAACCUCGGUACAUUAUUAGCAACUUCUUAAGGUAAAAAAGAAUGUAGGUGUUAAUGGUUUAUAUCUGUUAUCUGCUCAGAUUCCUUGUUGGGUUUUGAGCACGUUGUUACCAGCUGACAAGCACAACAUAAGAUUUUCUGUUAAUUUGAUAAUCAGGUCUGUGAGUUGCAUUACCUGGCCAUUUCAUCUCUAAAAAUAUGCUGCCUCAUGUAGCCUUUGUACAGUAACUUAUGUAUGUGUCUUAUUGUCAUUGCAAACAUUCUCCUAGAACUGACAUAGAUGAUCCAAAAAUACAGUAUUCAGAACGUUUUGAUAUGCGUAAUGUAGGUGAAAAAUAUUAUUAAUGUCACAGAGUAUUUGAUUUAAUUGGUAUCAGAUUUGGGGGCUUUAAAUAUGCAUUUUGUUAAAUUUAAAAAAUGGAUUUGCAUGUUAGACCUUUGCUUGCAAAUCUGAAACAACCAGCCGCAGUCAGGACAGAUGAUAAAUACUGGACACAACUUUUUAGCCUCUUGUUUGGCUUUGAAAUUGACAAGUUGAUUGUAAGCUUACAUUAAAUUUUCUUCAAAAAAAAAAAAAAGUGAUGUUCCUAAUGAUCAGUUCAGUUGUAAAGACUUGGAACGAAUCAAUGAGGACAUCUUUGUUAAGUAUCUGACUUUGAAGGAACAUCUAUGCAACCCACCUAAAAUACUGAAGCCUUAAUUUAAAGUGAAGCUGAGCUUCAGCAGCUCGAUUUGGCGUUACUUCUGCAUGUGACCGGUUCAAUUCUCCUGCUUUUUGUGUACCACCAACAUUUCUACAAGGGCUUGUGCAUGUGUUCUUGUCAUGUGGAAAAGUUGUGUUGAGUGUGAAGAAACGCAACUUUUUGAGAGUCAGAGGAAAUGUUUUGGGGCGAUGAUGGUAAAUGUCUGUGCUUGCGGGCCAGGGCAGCAACAUUUUCCGGUUGGCGGGAGUUGUCCAGCUGCUGGAUGUUGCUGUGGAUCAAAUGAUCCACAGAGCAACUUCAGUCUAGUGACUUUGAAGUUGAGUUGGACGGGUGUUGAAACCUUUCCAUCUGCCUUUGGCCCACAAGAACAGAAAGAACUCACUUUCUGAGGAGAGAGUGAGUGACUGACUGAAAAGAAUAAAAAAAUGUGUAAAUAAAGAGCAGCCGUUUUAGAUGUCUCUAAAAGAGGCCAUAACAGUACACCAGAUUUUUACUUGUCAGAGUAUCUCCUAAAUGUUAUGGAAAAACAAGAUGAGAUAGAUGUUAAAUUGUAAGAGAAAAUGUAUAUUAAACAACAUUUCUUAGUCUUGUUGAAAUAAAGACUGCCAAUAUUUA